AUAAGUUGAUCGAUGUAAAAUCAUCAAAAGAAAAACUUGAUGAAAGAAAUUGGAAAUUUUCCAAUUAUUUUGUAGACGUUUUGGAAAGAUUUUGCAACUAUAAACUUGCAACAAAAGUACUUUAUGAAAUAACAGAAAUUCAAACUAAAGUGCUAGGUGUUGAUCAUAUUGAUGUUUCAUAUUCAUACGAGAAGCUGGCUUCAUUGCUUUUGAGGAAUGGAGAAUAUGACAUUUCUAAAGAUUUUCUAGAGCGAGCAAUGGGAAUUCAAGAAAAAACAUUUGGACCUGACCAUGUUAUUAUUGCGACAACGUACAACAAUCUGGGUUCAGUUUACAAUGCUAUGGGAGAGUACGAAAAAGCAAAAGAUUUUUAUGAACGAGCGAUAGAAAUUCAAACAAAAACAUUUGGACCUGACCAUAUUAAUAUUGCCACAACGUACAACAAUCUGGGUUUGGUUUACUUUUAUAUGGGAGAGAACGAAAAAGCAAAAGAUUUUUAUGAACGAGCGAUGAAAAUUCAAAGAAAAACACUUGGACCUGACCAUGUUAAUAUUGCGGCCAUGUACAACACUCUGGGUAUGGUUUACUUUUUUAUGGGAGAGUACGAAAAAGCAGAAGAUUUUUAUGAACGAGCGAUGAAAAUUGAAACGAAAACAUUUCGACCUGACGAUGUUAAUAUUGCGACAAAGUACAGCAAUCAACCUUGAUUUGGGGAGUAACACUUUAAUUGUCAUGACAAUGUUUGUUUGUUUUUUUACUUUGGAGAAAAUAUUUAUUUAAUGAUUGAUUCAAUAAUACUUUAUUAUAGUUCAAACUAUAAAGGCAAUGUAAAGUAAAAGUUAUUAAUAACCUGAAGAAGAAAAAGCGGGAUAUCAUUGCCAUAGCAUUGGCAGAAGUGAAAAUGACACAUUUAACUGCCCGACUACCAGAUUUGUUGCUAUCGCAAGGGGGGAUUGCUGCCCCGACCCCUUAUCUGGAAAAAUUGCAGGGCUGAAAACGUAGUGACAUCCAUUGGAGCCACCUCCGUGUACAGCAUUCUAGGUGGUUUCAUACAUACGUUAUGAUUGGGUGAUUAGAAUGAUAGUCAAAGAAAUUUUACAUGUGUGUCUUUAACUUUUAGCUUUGCGUUGGCAAGGUUUAUUUCGCCAUGUGUAGAGUUUUCUUUCUAUCUGAAGGCCUGUUUACACGUUCCGAUUUGUCAGAUCCUAUUGUUUCGGUUCUGUCUUUUGAUUGCUUGUUCAGACGGUCAGAUAGUUGUGUUGAUAUUUAGAUACGUUUAGAUAUUUAUAAUCUUGAGAGCAGCCAUUUGUGUUGUCCAUUUAUCGAUA